AUGACGCCUCGGGGUGCGAUGCUCUCCUUCCCUUAUAAAUACCCCUCUCGCGUCUCAUUUUCUCCACUCUUCAUCCGGUUCAGGCUUUCCAGAGAUCAGAAAGGGAAGGCGGUGGCGAGAGCGACCGAAUCGAGUCAUGCACGUGUCGUCGAGUCGAACUCUCCUUCUGAUUUCGAGACGAUUCAUCGUGAAGCCAUGAUCGAUACAGAAAAUAUGGAUACGCCUCAGCGAGUCCUUGUUGCUGAGUCGACACGUCAACUCCGCGAGGAGAGAGAGAAUGCUACAUUAAUUACGAGAGACGGUCAAGGUGGGGCGAGUGAAGGAGAGACUUCUCUCCCUGACUUCGUUCCGUGUUGUUAUCAUCCCGGGGGGAUUUUCGAGGACCUCCCGGCUUUGGCUCCGGAACUGAUGUGUUCUCCUAUCGUGGAAGGACAAACGUGGGGGAACGUCGUGGAGACUCGUUCGAGUCCUAGCAGCGUGAAAGUUAUGCUGAGAGAGUGCGGAGGAGUCGGAGUGACUUUCUUAAUCCCGACGAAAUCCCCGAGGCCGUGGUCCCCUCCAUUGGGAUUUCAGUGUGUAUACGAGUCAUACUUUCAGAACAAGACCAAGCUCUGGUUUACAAUUCCUCGACUCGUCACAUCCUAUGCGAGACGUCGUGACGCAGCGAUGAGCCAGUUCUUGAAUGGUGCGUUCCGUAUUUUGGUAGCGUUGAUGGUGGCGGCAGAGGAGAUCAAUGUCUCGAUGAGCGUGCAGACUCUUGAAGAGCUGACCUACGUUAAGUCGAUGGGGGAUGGAUUGUACUCAAUUCAGAUGAGGCCUAACUACAAUGUGAUUGUCGACCACCCCAGCAGGACGAACAAUUGGCAGCACUUCUAUUUUUACGUCAACUUAUCGACUGUUUCUUUCUUUCAUUUCCUGACGAGUCCUCGUUUGGUUGCAGUCGAUCACCCAGAUUCGGCCUCCUAUCCCGAAGAGUUCAUUGCUAACGCUCGUGCCGUCGCGUCGCUUGCUCAAGUAAGUUGGAAAGACAUCACCGUUGAGAGGAUUCGAAGAGCCGUCGACAGGAUCUCAAAGAAGCAGAAGGUGAUCAACGCAGCUAGAGAGAUGAAGGAACUUCCGGACUUGAGCGCACUAAUCAAGAAGAAGCUGAGUGGAGCGAAAAAGACGUCUUUUGCGACUCCUAGUGAGACGACUCCUGGUGAGAUGACUCCUUCCGGGCCUCCCCCUCUCGCUAUUUCCCCGGGACCGUCUGUAGACCCAGUUAAUAUCGAGUACUCGAGGGAAGACCUCGUGCAGUCUUGUGAACGAGAGACUGCUGAACCGUCGGUGACAGAUGGUAACAAGAAGAAAAGGUCCGCUCCUGAAUCCUCUGCUUCAGUCGACGCCCGCGCGAGGACGGGGUCUGACAAACCUCCGAAGAAGAAGAAGAAGAAAGAGAAGAAAAAGAGGAAGAAGUUUAUUGAGGGGCAGUCAGAACCUAUCGGGGACGCUGAGGGUCACAAACCUGUUGUUCAUGAGGGCUCUUCUCGUGAUGCUGCGACUCGAGCUGUCAUUGAGUCGAGCGGUGGCGCCAAGGAUAUGCCUCCAGUUAAAGAUCUCAUCUUCAAAGACGCAUAUGUUGAUGCAGCGAGGACCAAGGUUUUGAGCGAUGGGAGCAUGAACUACGUCGUUGAGUUGUACGACACAACCCUUAAAGAGACCAUCUCCAAGCUGAAGCAAUCUGACAGACUCGUGCGAGCGAAGGACACGGCUCUCAACCGCAAGACGAGUGAAUUCAGGGCAGCGAUCGACAAGGCCGCAGCGGAGCAGAGUCGGUUACUCGCAGAAAAGAAAGCUCAGAAGGAGAAGUUUAUGGAGAAGUUCGGGGAGCUGAAGGACAAAUUCAAAACUGCCGGCGAGAAGAUCAGAAGAUUCGAACGAGAGAAGGCUGCUUUGGAAAAAGAGAAAACUGCUUUGAAAAAAGAGAAAACUGCUUUGGAGGCAGUAGCGGCCCUGAAGGGAAGCGGCAGAAGCAUUGGCGUCCGGCCCUAG